AUGACCCACGGUGUCGAGCCCGGCACGUGGGCACCGUCGUCGACGCUCAACGGCGGCGGCGGCACGAGCUCGCCGCCGUUGAACCCCGAAAUCGUCCAUAACCACUAUUACGCGGCAGAUCAAACGGCCGUCCCGUGGUACCGCCGGCGAAAGUUUCACUUUUGGCUUGCCGUCUUGGUGCUCGUCAUAAUUGUGGUCGCCUCGGCUGUGAUUCUUGGCGUCGUCCUCAAGUUGGAGCUGGGCAAGAGGCGUGCGCAGAGCUCCGAGGAAAACACCGCUGGUGCUGGCACUCCCUCCCCGAGCCCGACUCAUGAGGGGACGACGCAACUGUCGUCGACGUUUUCUUCUUUGCCGAAGCUGCAGACGUCCUCGUCGAGCAGUGGCAGCUCGGUGACAUCCUCAUUGACGUCCUCGGGAUCCAGCUCCGGGCCUAUGUCGACUGACUCGGCGUCACGAUUAAACGAGACCGUUAUGGGAAUCGUGUCUUCUUUUCUCGCGACUUUCACGGAACAGAAAUUGCUCAGCUCAUCGUCGUCCUCGUCGUCCUCGUCGUCCUCGUCGUCCUCGUCGUCUUCGUCGUCCGUACCUAGCAGCAUCUCUUCGUCCACGUCGACGGUCUCCCUUCCAUCGUCAUCUUCCUCAACCUCGACAAGCGUGCAGCCAGCUAAGACGGCGGCCGAGAUCUUCACACUUUCCGAAAGCUCUCAGCUUGCCUCGGCGUACUUCAAGAGCGACGCGUCGGAGCUGCACCGCAGAGUUCUGGUCUGGCAGGACGACAAGAACGACCUCAUUGCCACGGAGUGGUCCGUCGGUCGCAGAGUGCACUACCGCAUCCGAGAUCAAGCCGAGUCUCGCCUACCCGAGGCAAAGCUCGGAACGCCGCUGGCAAUGACGGUCAGCAGCUCUGGCGUCAUUCAUGUCUUCUUCCUAGAUACCCAGGGCGCCCUUUCGCACAUUUUUGAGGAGACCAAGGGAGAGUGGAGGAGGAGCAUGCUCACGAAGAACAACGGUCCCAUCGUUGCCUCGUCAUCCUCGCCAUUGUCGGCUGUUUGGCACCGGGGCAGCGUGGGCAGGGAACUGCUCGGCGUCGCCUACGCAAGCUCCCAGAAGCUGCGCCUGGCAAUGACCGACAAGCCCGACGAGGAUAGCACGUGGCAGGUUGUGGAGGUGGCGUCUCUGCCGGACCCGGUCCCUGGAAUGACAGAAACGCCCUUGUUUUCGGUGGCCGGAGACUGGGGGAAGCUAUCCAGCGGGGUGCUGAUGGCAGUGCUGGUCGAGGAUGGACUCUUUGCCUGGGAAUGUUCGCUCGACCUUUGGCCACCGCCCAAGGCCAAGGCGCCCUGCCAUCAGCUCAACGACACGUUUCAAGACGAAAGGGGACGAAACAUGGGCUUCGCGCCGCCCCCGCGCCAGCUGGGCUGGAUCAAGCUGGCGGGCGCCGACGCCGACUACGACUUCAGCCUGGUCAGCCUCGACGCCGAGGGCCGCUUCGUCGACGAGAACCGCAUCAGGGCCGGCGCGCGGGGCAGGAAGGCCGGGCGCGGGCUCGACACCAAGAUGGCGGCGCGGACGAUUGCGACGACGGACGAGGGCGUGUUGUUUGCGGCGGCCGGCGACGACGUGUACAUUUACAGGCUGGACACGGAGGACUGGACGUGGCGGGCGCAGGGGUCGUUGAUGCCUACGCGUGGGGGUGAGCGUUGA